GUUUUAAAAACUAACAAUGUUGAUGUACUUGUAGAGAGUCAGUUUGUCUGUUUUCUCUUUUUUUCAGGGUCUGGGUCCUUGAAUGCAGGCCAGCCUGGAGGGCAACGUCCGGACCCUCAGGGAGAUAUCCAUCCCAGCCCGCCUGGACAAUAUGUCUAUAAGAAUGACUUUCAAUCAGGUCCAGCAUCAAUGAUGGAAAAGCCUGUCCAAUUAGGUAACCAGCAGAUGGGAUCUACUGUGAAGGAUAACAGCAUGGACCCUUUUCUGGGGUUCUCUCAGCCUGGAAUGAAAAUUGGUAUGAAUAUGAAUGUUGGCAUGGCCCCUUUCCAGAGCUCCAAACCCCCCAGCAUGGGUGAACCUCAGAAGACCUCACCCUUGUUUGCCAAUGAACCACCCAAACCAUCCCAGAUAACUGCUAAUCUGAGUGACACAAGCCCUCGUAACAGCCUGGAAAGUUCUGCAGAAGUUUGGGGAAGCCCUUGGACAGGUGAGGAAAUGCUCUCUACGGAGCAGUCCCAUGCUUCCAACAAGGCAGAACAGAGUCACACUGAUGCCUUGGGUUCCCAGAGUCUAGAUGCAGCAUCUGGUGAGGAAAAGUCCAUCGAGGAAGGAACCGAAAAGCAGCAGAAGCGAAAAAAGAAGAAACGCAAGGACAGGGAAGAAAUGUAUGACCUUCUGGACAGUCUUGGUUCCCCUGACUCAGAAGAGACUUCUGAAAGCUCCAACCAUGGCUGCCCCUCACCUCCUUGUAGGGAUGAAGAGAUGUGGGAAAGUGAGAUCCAAGAAAGAGGGGGAGGACGCAUCAAGGCCAAGAAGAGUAAAAGCAGGAUGAAGCUACCUGAAGAAUGGAGUGCUCCUCCAACUGUAAUGGACAUGGACUUUAGCAGCCCUAAUUUGGGUGAUUCAAAACCCCCAUCCAGUACUAGCAUAGAUCAAGGAAGUGCACAGCCCUCACUCACCCCUGAACCUCUACACCUCACUGACACCCAAGCAUGUAGACCCAAUCCACCCGGGGAAGCAAACACCUCCAUAUUCGCGAAUCCCGUAGAUGACUCAACUCUCAAGAGUAACAGGGAUAUGUUAGAAAAGGAUAAUUCAACUAAAGACAAUAUCAAUAAGUCUAACUUAGAGUUGCCUGGUAUUCACUCUUCAGAUCAGUUACUCAAUGACCCAAAUGAUCCUGACCAGAAGUCAAGCCUUGCCCUUAGUCCAACUCGGACUGUUAUGUUCCUUGACUCCGUGCUGCAGGAACAGACACCAGAUGCAAGCCCCCCAUCCCAGAGCACUCCCGUGAAAACCCCCAUCCCUCACAGCUCUGCCCCAGAGGCUGCUCCUGAUCUGACCACUGGCUCACUGUUCAUCGGCACAGACAUCCCUGUCUGUCAGAGUGCACCUGCUGUUAGUCACUCUUCCCCAACAAUUCCCCCCAGCACUGCUGUGAACUUAAAUCCUGAGGCUACACCUUCCAUCCCUUCACAAACAGAGCAACAGGAGCCUUCAUCGGCACAGCCCCCCCUACUGGAAGUAAAAGAAGAUAAGACAGCCAAAGAGAAAAUGGAGAAGGUGGAAACCGCUCCGAAGAUGGAAAGCGUCAACAUAAUUGAGAAGCAAGACAAGCCUGAGAAAAUUGAGAAGAUUGAUCACCUGGACAAGAAAGAUGAGAUCACAAAGAAACCAGACAGUGUGGAUAAGACUCAGAAGAGUGAGCAAAUCAUCAAGGAUGAGAAGAAAGGUGAGAAAGAGGAAAAACACGAUAAUAAAGCUGAGAAAGUAGACAAACCUGAGAAGACAAACAAGGAGAAAGACGAGAAGAAGGACAAUGGAGAAAAAGUGGACAAGACAGCCAAAGCUGAGAAGAAUGCGACGGCUGCUAAAGGACCUGCUAAAUCUCCAACAGCUAAUGGGAGCAAAGAGGUGACCAGCCCAGAUAGUAAGGCCAAGCCUUCAGUUGGGUCAACCAAACAAAGCUCGGCAAGACCUAACUCGCUGUCCACUGGAGACAGUGCAGGUGCCACCAAACGCACCUCUCCCAUCACCAACUCUGCCAAUAAAAAAAGCCCUAUGCCCAAGGCAACAACCCCCACUGCUGGCACCAAGAAAACCCCCACCACCACAUCUACUCUUAAGACUAAGGCCAAGUCUUCUGAGACAGCCACUCAGCAUCGCCCUCCAGUGGCAAAGGCUAAAGCUGCAUCUGCUACGAAUUCUAAAAAUGGCACUACUAUCACCCCAACUACCACCUCUGCCCGACACUCCUCUGCUACAAAGACUGAAAACCAAGCAGGAGAGGUGAAAAAGACAAGUGCAAAAACCACACCAGUUAAAACAACUCCAAGAACAACUCGCACACCAACUUCUGCAGCCAGCACUGCAGCCACCAAUGGGACCCCGACCCCUCGUCCCUCCCGCAUCACCAAACCCCCUGUACCCAAGCAGACUCCCCUAGAGAAGAAGCCUCCUGUACCUCGAGCCCCCAGAAAUGUCCGACCCACCAAUGCACCACUGCCGGAUCUAAAAAACGUGCGCUCCAAAAUCGGUUCCACUGAUAACAUGAAGUACCAGCCUGGAGGAGGCAAGGUCUCUGCAGCCCAGGGCAAGACUGAUGCUCUGCCAAAGACCAGCCAGGGCAAAGUUCAGAUAGCCCACAAAAAGCUGGACUUCAGCCAUGUCACCUCCCGAUGUGGCUCCAAGGACAAUAUGAAGCAUGUUCCUGGUGGAGGAAAUGUUCAGAUUUUAAGUAAAAAGGUUGACUUGAGCAAAGUGACCUCUAAAUGUGGAUCCAAGGACAACAUAAAGCACAAGCCAGGUGGUGGUGAUGUGAAGAUUGAAUCCAAUAAGGUUAACGUCAAGACCAAAGUGGGAUCAAUGGACAAUGUAGGCCAAGAACCAGGAGGUGGCAAUGGCAAGGUAGUAAAUAGCUUAAGAAGAUAUUACAUAUUAGGAAUGUGUCUCUAUCAUUAUGGAUAUUACAUUUUCCUGAAGGUCUUUCAGAAGCAAGCAUGUGGUUUGUAAAAUUCAGCCCCCUCA